AUGCUGCCCUUAGCACUGUUCUACAUUUUAGCUGUUAUUUGCUCUGCCAGACGGACACAUGCUCUACCACUGUAUCCAGACACAAGCUUGGAACCUCAAGAAGGUAUGCAAGAGAAUCUGUGUUGUCUUUGAUUUCCCUUGAUCGGAUCAUUUCUGAAUAGUCUAUGUCUAUAAUGUUCUAUUUUAGGGCAUGUCUUGCUGAACCUUUCUUAUGAGACAUAUAAGGUCUCAUCUUUUCUUGGUGGAAUUGAUAGUGUUUAGGUUUCUGGUAUUCAUUCUUAGAUCUCUAUGCAUCAUUUUGUGAGGGCAAUAUUGAACUCUGAAAUUAUCUGUCUGUUGACAGAGAAUUUUCAAUAACCAUGUAGGUCUACCGUAGAUGGCAAAGGGGAUAGAUUUUCCUCUGAGAACAUUUACAUUUUAGUCAUUUAGCAGACGCUCUUAUCCAGAGCGACUUACAGUUAAUGAGUGCAUACAUUUUCAUACUGGUCCCCCGUGGGAAUCGAACCCACAACCCUGGCGUUGCAAGUGCCAUGCUCUACCAACCGAGCUACACGGGACAUUGAAGGCAAUAGCUAUUUCGACAGUUAAGUUCAGGGUUUGAGUCUGGAUUUUUUACACCAAGUAGGGUGACAUAAUUGGGUUCACUGGAACUUUCAGCAAUGGUGUGGGUCUCAGCAUUGAUGACGGUGAUAAUACUGUUUGAUAAUUGAGAGCUGUUUUGUCUGAGCAGAGCUGAUCCAGAAGUUGGUGGCGGAGGUGGAGGAUGGAGAGAACUCUGAGCUGACUGACCAGAGAGAGGUGAUGAAUCUCUACCCUCUCCUGAUGCAGCGCAAUGGCGCCAGGGACACAUGGAAUAAAGCAGGUGAGGAGAGACGAAACCUAGAAUCAAGAUACAAGGACGUGAAUGUUCUGAUAUCCCAUAACUCUUUGCCAUAUGUUAAUCAAAAGGACAAUUGGUUUUAUUCUAAACAGCUAGUCACCCAUGUAAUGUAAUUAGGUCUAUAUUCACUUGGGUUUAUUUUCUCAAUUCUUCUUCAGGAGCUAAAGAUUCUGUGCAGCAGGAUACAUUUGUCAACAUGGUAAGAGUGUUAGGCAUUUUUAUUGAAUGUGUGAUAGAGAAGAACCCUCUAGGAAAAGCCAUUAUAUUCUGUUCUGUUCUAUUUGGUUCUAAAUGGCUCCAUGUGUCAUAAAAUAUAUUCUGUCUGUGUUUUUUUAGGUUGAUGAUCUGAAGGCGGUGGUUUUGAAGCUCGCUGCAGCCGACAAGCUUCGCUCUCAGGGCUUCCUUCGGUCUGAGCAGAAUUUGCCGAAAACCAACAAGAGA